GCGGCUUCCUGGCUCUGCUGGGGAUGUCGCAGCCUUUCUGCCCACGUUGUCGCCCUGGUCUGGCUUUUCGGGAUGGCACGGCUGCCUGUGGCCUGUUUUCGGUGUGUUCCUCUUCUCCUGUUGCCUAAGAAAUGCCUUGGAAGAUUCACGGCCGAAAGUUCAGCUGUUCUGGCCCUCUUGUUGGCUGGGUAUCUCGCACAGCAAUAUUUACCAAUGCCUACACCAAAAGUAGUUGGGAUUGACCUUGGCACGACUUACUGCUCUGUGGGCGUCUUUCUUCCUGGAACAGGGCAGGUGAAGGUUAUUGCAGAUGAAAACGGGCACAACAGCAUUCCAAGUAUAGUCUCUUUCACAGACAGAGACGUGUAUGUGGGAUAUGAUGGCCUAGAACUGGCUGAUUCAAAUCCUCAGAACACCAUAUACGAUGCAAAAAGAUUCAUUGGGAAAAUCUUCACUUCAGAAGAGCUGAAAAGUGAAAGCAGCAGGUAUCCCUUUAAGAUUUUCAACAACAAUGGAUCAGCUGAAUUUUCUGUGACAACCAAUGGAACUUUUCACAUCACUCCGGAGGAUAUUGGCUCUCAGCUGCUGCUGAAAUUAAAGAGAAUGGCAGAAGACUCUCUUGGCAUGCCCAUUUCGAAGGCAGUCAUCUCUGUGCCAGCAGAGUUUGAUGAAAGGCAACGGAAUUCUACCAUUAAGGCAGCCAACCUUGCAGGGCUAGACGUUUUGCGAGUAAUCAAUGAACCCACGGCUGCAGCUAUGGCUUAUGGACUUCACAAGGCUGAUGUGUUUAAUGUUCUGGUGGUGGAUUUGGGUGGAGGAACUUUGGAUGUGUCUCUGUUGAACAAACAGGGAGGGAUGUUCCUCACACGAGCCAUGGCAGGUAACAACAAACUUGGAGGACAGGAUUUUAAUCAGAGGUUGAUGCUGUACUUAUAUGAUCAGCUCCAUCAAAUGUAUGGUUCUUUACCAACAAGAAAAGAAGAAAUACAUCGCCUGAGACAGGCUGUGGAAGCAGUUAAAUUAAAUCUGACUGUUCAUGAGGCAGCUACACUACGGGUGUCGUUGACUAUGCCAGAAAGGAAGCUUAGAAAAGAACUUUCAGAAAGUGAGAUAGAAACAAACACUGUGCUGGAAGGCAAGCCUUCACAGAAAACAGAAGACCUGCAAAAUCUUGGAGACACUGCAAAAGUAGAGAACAACUAUGUGCAUGUUGUGUUUGAAAGAGAAAUCUCUAGGAAACUAUUUGAGACAUUAAAUGAGGACCUUUUUGAGAAGAUUCUUGUGCCCAUUGAACAGGUGUUGAAGGAAGGCCACCUACACAAAGCAGAAGUAGAUGAAAUUGUGUUAGUUGGAGGCUCCACCCGGAUUCCUCAAAUACGCAAAGUUAUUCAGGAUUUCUUUGGAAAGAAACCUAACACCUCUGUAGAUCCUGAUCUAGCAGUUGUAACAGGCGUAGCUAUCCAAGCAGGAAUUGUUGGUGGGUCCUGGCCUCUCCAAGUCAGCGCUAUAGAGAUUCCUAAUAAGCAUUUACGGAAGACUAAUUUUAACUGAAUAUAAACUCUUCCCCAUUGCUUUGCAUCUCUCCGAAAGCGUACUGUGAUGGUGCAUACUUACCUGACUGGCACUGGAGCUUAAUCUUAGCCAUAUUAUGUUAAUUUUUUUAUCUAUUCCCGUUCAGUGUUACUGGACCCUUAACUGUGUUGAAGCUAGAUGUUACUUUAAAGGUACGACUGAUUUUUUAUUAUUUUUUUUUGAAGUUCUGAAGUGUCCCGUAUUUGCUUGUAGAUUGGAUCCUGGAUGAAAAAGCUCGUGAUGACACACUCAUAUUUUCUUGCUAAAUUCUAUUAGCAAAUCCUGAAGAAGCCUAUGUUUUAAAAUGUAAAGGGAGUGUGACCAAAGGUUAGGGGUAAUGUGUUAUGGUACUGUAGGUAUUCCCAGGCUCACUCUAUUACUUUGAAAGACUAUGAAGCAGUGUUAAUGCACAUAGCAGUAGCACUGUUGAGCUUAAAUUUAUUUAUUAAAUUGAGUCAUCUGGGCAUUUAAGCACCUUUCUAAAAGGCAUGUGUCAGCUUGAAUGAGACUUAUGCAUUCACCUGAUUUUUCUGCUGUUCAUAACAGCACAAUGGUAUUACUGAGGUUAUGUGGCAAACUGUCUCGUGUUUCAGCCAAAUGGUAUUAAGAAACUUAGCUCUUGCUGGUGUGGAGUUCCAUCAUGUGUCUCCAAGGGCUGGCUUCCUGAUCUGGCUUUGAUGGUUGACAUGCAGGUGCUGCUGACAUACCACUGAUGUUCUCCACAGAAAACAAAGGCAUAUCGCAAACUAGUUAUACCUCCCUCCACCUUGUUUGAAAGCUGCAGUGAUUUUGUGUAUCUUAAAGCCACACCUAUAUGUCUUCCCUUGAAUUUGAUCAACACAAAUUUAAUUGUUGCACAUCUACAAGUGUGUGAUGUCUUUGCCUGGGAGUACCCCAGGCUGUCCUGUUGUCAGGAGAAAGGGUGGGGCAGAAGGGACUGCCUGGAUUAAGACGAGUUCCUUUAGUCCUGGUCCAUGAAAAUGCACCCAACUGUUUCUUACUUUUUAGCUUGUAUUUCUGGUUUAAGUUUUGUCAUAUCCCCACUCUAAACUGAACAUAGACCACAGGUUGUACCUGUUCUUUGGGGAAGGAAGCAGUGUGUGUAACUCAGGAUUUGAGGUAGCACUUUGUAAAACUUUAUUUUAGGCAAAUAGUUUGCUACCCAGCUAUCUAGCAAAUGCAUGGGGAGAAAAAAAAAUAAUUAUCUGGAAAAAAAAAUACUGGUGACAGUUCUGCUCUCUUUAGAGGAUUAAAUCAAUAUUUAAAGGCCAAGUGAAUUCUUUUAUCUGUGUAGAACUUUCUACAAUGAAAGCACUUCAUUUAGCUAAGACUGGCUUCAACAUCCGUCAACCCAGUCUUAAUCAGGUAAGCUCCAGUAACAGGUGGUUCUGAGCUUUUUCUUGUAUGGUCCAGAAUAAUUUUUCUUUUAUUAAGCUUGCAAAAAAAAAAAAAAAAAAGUGCAGGUCUUAGAUUAAUUUUUUAACAUUUUACUAUAUUAAAAUAGGCUUAUUAGUCUCCUGGCAGUAGGCCUGAUUUAUGGCACUGCCAUAAAUCAAUUGUGCUGAUUCAGCUGUUUGCGUAACUAUUGUCUAAACAUAUUGUUUAAAUAAUCCAAUUAAAAUCUUCUUAAAUUGAAUCAUAGUUGCACACAACUGUUCCAUCAGCAUUGCUUAAGUUCACAGAGGAUUCCCAAAAUAUCCCUGACAUCUGUUUAAUUUCCGUAAGUUAAAAACCAAAGCAAUUCAUUUUUAUUUGAGGAUUUUCUUCUUUUCUAACUCUUUCAAAGUGACCCUGUCUCUCAGUCCAAAUGGAACCUCCAGUAACAUGUGAUAAUGUGUUCAAAAGUAAGUAUUACACAGUUACAGGAAGUAAGUGCCCAAGGUGGAUAUAACUGCAACCCCUGAGUUCAAAGAAGUGCCUCUCCAGUGGAAUCAUGGAUGAAUGCCAAUACACAAUAGCCAGUGCUUGUAGGCACUUGCUGUUUGCGUCCUCGCCUUGCAGAUGCAAAUGUAUGUAUUUAAUUCAACGUGAAUUCCAGUGGCUUUGGAGUCAUUGUGGCCUUUCCUUCUGCCCUGCCGUAACCCGUCUCCAAGCCUACUGAACUUACAGGAGGUCUUUUAGUCUUCAUUUUAUUAAUGUACUGUGUAAAAUGAGCAGGCCUGUAUAAAUAAAUAGAACCAUAUUGCAGUGAAAUUAACCUAUUAAAAGCUUUUUUGCAAUUUUGGGAUGAGUUAGCUGGGAGAGUCCCCUUUUAACUUUAAACUGUUAAACUCUCAAUGCAAAUAAAUGAAGUACUUUAUUCUUUUUCUUGCACAUAAUCCUUCACUCUCCAGUUAAACCUCCUCCAGUGUUCAUCUGGGAAUUAAAAGGGAAGGGUGAGUUGUUUACUUGUAAAAAAUUUCACAAAGGGUAUUUAUUCAGAUUUCUAUACAGAUUACAUUUUUUUUAAUAGAGAAGUUACUGUACAUUGGAUAUCUUUCAAUGCAUCCUUAUUUAUUAAAUAACUUUUCUGAUUUCUGCAAUCAAGUUAUUUAUUUUGUAUCUUAAUGUUCAGUACUGUAUUUUGGCACAAACCACCUGAUUUUAAAGAGGACUCCACUGUACUAAGUGUCCAUUUCCAGGUAUGCACAUGUACUGCUUACCAAAAGUCUCUCUUUAAACAAAUUGAUAAUUUAAGACUGAAAACUUUCUACAAACAAGCCUUGAAAUUUGUGUAUGGUUGCCUGUGGUGUUAGGUGUAUAACAAAUUUAUACAGCUAAAGCUUGUUCUGCAAGUUGAAAUUUUGAAAAUAUAAGAUGCCUCACCAAGUCUAUGUUAAUGAAUUCGGUGCUGCUGAUGAAAUGCGUUUUAUAAAUAACCUUUUAGAAUGUUUUUAAUAAAAGCAAAUGCUGUCCCUUGGA